AUGUGCGACGACGAAGAGACUACAGCGCUGGUGUGUGAUAACGGCUCUGGCUUGGUGAAGGCUGGGUUCGCCGGCGAUGACGCACCUCGCGCAGUGUUUCCUUCCAUAGUUGGCCGCCCCCGUCACCAGGGCGUCAUGGUUGGUAUGGGCCAGAAGGACUCCUACGUCGGCGACGAGGCUCAGAGCAAAAGAGGCAUCCUGACCCUGAAGUACCCCAUCGAGCACGGCAUCAUUACCAACUGGGACGACAUGGAGAAGAUCUGGCACCACACCUUUUACAACGAGCUGCGCGUGGCCCCAGAGGAGCACCCCACCCUGCUGACAGAAGCCCCCCUCAACCCAAAGGCCAACAGAGAGAAGAUGACACAGAUCAUGUUCGAGACCUUUAAUGUCCCCGCAAUGUACGUGGCUAUCCAGGCCGUGCUGUCCCUGUACGCUUCUGGGCGUACCACAGGUAUUGUCCUGGACUCCGGUGACGGUGUGACCCAUAACGUGCCCAUCUAUGAGGGUUACGCUCUUCCUCACGCUAUCAUGCGUCUGGAUUUGGCCGGUCGUGACCUCACAGAUUACCUCAUGAAGAUCCUGACUGAGCGCGGAUACUCUUUUGUCACAACCGCUGAGCGCGAGAUCGUGCGUGACAUCAAGGAGAAGUUGUGCUACGUGGCUCUGGACUUUGAGAAUGAGAUGGCCACCGCCGCCUCCUCCUCCUCGUUGGAGAAGAGCUACGAGUUGCCCGACGGCCAGGUCAUCACCAUCGGCAACGAGCGUUUCCGCUGCCCAGAGACCCUCUUCCAGCCCUCAUUCAUCGGAAUGGAAUCUGCUGGCAUCCACGAAACCACCUACAACAGCAUCAUGAAGUGUGACAUCGACAUCCGUAAGGACCUGUACGCCAACAACGUCCUGUCUGGCGGCACAACCAUGUACCCCGGUAUAGCCGACCGCAUGCAGAAGGAGAUCACUGCUCUGGCCCCCAGCACCAUGAAGAUUAAGAUCAUCGCCCCCCCUGAGAGGAAGUACUCUGUAUGGAUCGGCGGCUCCAUCCUCGCCUCACUGUCCACCUUCCAGCAGAUGUGGAUCAGUAAGCAGGAGUAUGAUGAGGCGGGGCCCUCCAUCGUCCACAGGAAGUGCUUCUAAGCCAACUGACUGCCCCCUUCACUCUCUUCACCCUCCGCUACCCCCUUCCUCCUGUCAAAUUAUUUGUUUACACUCAAAUGCAAUUUAUAUGUGGAUAUGUAUAGGUUUAUAAAUAAACGAAAACUGGGACUUGCA